AUGGUUUUUCAUCCUCCAAAAUGGGUUCCCCAAAUGCCUUUGAUACCAGACUCGACCUCGAUUUUUGACUUCCUACUACAAGAAAAGUAUGGGCGUCAUAAGCUAUCUCAAUCUCAUCGACCGUUUGUUUGUGGGAUCUCGGGAAGAGGAUAUAAUGUACACGAAGUUAGCCAACGGACGACACUAAUCGCAAAAGGUCUCCUAAAGAGCCUUGAAUGGGAGGUAAACUCCGGAACGCAGUGGGAAAAAGUAGUGGGGAUUUUCGCUUUCAAUAGUAUUGAUACUCUUCCCGUAGCAUGGGCGGUGCAGCGUCUGAACGGCAUUGUCACUCCGGUCAAUGCCAUGAGUACCGCUGAGGAGCUCACUUCCCAACUACGCUCCGCUGGUGCAAAAGCGCUUUUCACUUGUGCUUCGCUGUUAUCUACUGCAAUAAAAGCUGCAGAUAUUGUUGGAAUCCCACGUCGGCACAUAUUUUUGCUAGAGGUAGCAACUGACCAACGAAAUAAUGGUUCAUGCUACUUCAAAACAGCGUCGAGAUUGGCUGCCGAAGGUCAGAGCCUUCCUCCACUACAGCCCAUCACGUGGUCACCCGGCCAAGCAAAAUCGCAAGUAGCGUUCCUUUGCUACUCGAGCGGCACAUCUGGAACGCCCAAAGGCGUUCUCAUUUCUCACUAUAAUGUAAUUUCCAAUAUUAUCCAGAUGCACGCCACGGAGCGUAGUAUACGAAAGGAAAGGCUACAUUCAGCACACAAGACAGAGUUGGAUAUCGGCAUUUGCGUUCUACCGCUGAGUCACAUCUAUGCGUUGGUUGCAAUCGCGCAUACUAGCCUCUAUCGAGGUGAUCAAUGUGUCAUAAUGCCAAAAUACGAAAUCAACGGCUUUUUGCAAGCUAUUGAAAUGUUCAGAGUUAGCAUACUUUAUUUGGUUCCUCCCAUCAUUCUCAAUCUCCUGCAAUCUCCUGCACUGGUCAGUAAGUAUGACGUCAGUACGAUAUCUGCCGUCUUCACAGCUGCAGCGCCCUUAGGUAAAGAGAUGGCGCUGGCGCUGGAGCAGGCUUUCCCACAGUGGAAGAUUCGUCAGGCUUACGGUCUUACGGAGUCAUGUGUUGUUGCAACCAAUAGUGUUGAGAACGACAUUUCGCCUGGCUCGUCUGGAUCUUUAAUCAGUGGAUACGAAGCGAAACUACUUACUCCUGAUGGAACCGAAAUAACAACUCUAGAUACACCUGGAGAACUCUAUCUGCGCUCCCCUUCUAUUACUUCUCUUGGAUAUUUCCAGAACAAUCAAGCUAGUAAGGAAACAUUUCUCGCAGAUGGAUGGCUGAGAACUGGGGAUGAGGCAAUGUUCAGGCUUAGUGAGCAAGGCAAGAAUGAACACUUAUGGAUCACUGAUCGUUUGAAGGAGUUGAUCAAGGUUAAUGGUUUUCAAGUAGCACCUUCCGAGAUAGAGUCUCACCUUUUAGCACAUAUUGCAGUUGCAGAUGUGUGCGUUAUACCUGUUCCAGAUCUGCGGACUGGAGAGGCACCCAAAGCCUAUGUAGUGAAAGCAGGAGAUUGCCGGGGGAUAGAUGAUGUAAGCCUCGGGGAGAUACUUAAAUUACAUGUUCAAGAAGAGAAGGCUCGGUAUAAGUGGUUGAAAGAUAUAGCGUUUGUUGACAAAAUCCCAAAGAGUGGAACAGGGAAAAUCCUCAGAAAUGUGGUUAAAGAAUGGGAGAAAGGCUUGCGUAGGCAUGAAGGGCCAAGGCUAUAA